GCAUUGUGGGUCAUUGCGCUGACACACACAGACGCCAUGAUUUCACAGAAAAUGGAAGCGGGCUGCAGCUUUAGGUGAAUGGGUUCAUGUGUCACUCGGGAGGUUUGAGCCGCCCGUUACGGAAAUUUUUCUUGACGGACACAAACCUGUUUAUUGGUCCGUUGUGAGGAGCUACGUGUGGCAGGAAGCGGGGACGAGCAGGCUUACGCUACUAAAGUUAGCUAGGUGCUAGCUGGCUAAUGCUAACAGGCACCCUGGCUAGGCUAGCACGAUAAUAACAACAUCAAUUAAAAUAAAUAUACACUGUCUCUUGUUCAACCAGAGCACGGCGGUUAAGGUCGGGCGGAAGGCCACACCACUGAAGGUAUGGCCGAGAUUUGAUUUGGACGGUGCUGGUGAUGGCAGAAGGGACUGACACUAUCGAAAUGCCCUCAUUCGACUCAAGUCCUACUUCUGAAGCAAAAAAGAGACCCACUUCUUCUGAUGGAAGAGACGAGCCCAUGAGGAAAAUGCCUGUGUCAAAAUUUGGUUGCAGACCUCGAUUUGAGCCUGUGCACUUUGUCAGUGGUGGAAGCAGUGGAGGAAAUGGCACUGAUGAGAAGGAGAAUGAUAAAGAGAGCAGGAGGAGUGAGUCAUAUGGUGUGAGACAGUGGGACACUGAGCACUCUUCCUACAGCAGCACCAGCAGAGCACAGGGCUCCUCCUCCCUGAGGUCUGCUUUUGACAGCCGGCCAUCAUACAGCUCUGACUCUUGGGGUUCCCAUAGAGACCAUGACAGAGAGAUUUCUUUAGGUAGCACAAGUGGCUUAGGUUAUGGAGGACGUGGGUCUGCCCCAAACUUCAUGACAAAAACACAGCAGGACUACACAGCCAAGUAUGAAGCCCACUCCACUAGACAUUCAGACUGCUAUUCUCGGCCCCACAGGUAUAACGGAUAUGGGGGCGCAAGCAGGUCAGGAGGAUGGGACUCAGCACGUCAGGGUUUUGGUUAUGGUUAUCAAGACCGGCCAUCAUCAAGCAGGCCAUUCAGCAGAGUCUACAACAGCCCAGGCAGGAACAGUCCCACCACGUCUCAGUUGGGCUCUUCAUCACAGCCUCUUCCGAUAUCUCAACCAACAUUAGACGAGAAGCAAAGGCUGAUUGCCAACUUAGGAUCUGCGUUGGCUGUUGCGUCUAGUGACUCUAUGUUUUUGAUAGGAAAUGAUGGACCAAACUAUAAUUUCAUGUUGAGCCGCAGCAUCCAGGCCUGCAAAACCAACCCUGAGUAUAUUUAUGUCAAUUUAAAGGAUAUUCCCCAGGCUGACCUACCGAAGAACAGGAAAGUACCAACAGACGGUUAUGCCUGUGAACUGAGAUUCCAGGGCGUGUAUCUCGCUACAGGAUACUCCGGCAGUAAAAAUGGAGCAAGAGACCGAGCCUCUGAGCAAGCUGUAAAACUUUUCCUGAAACAAGUGGAAGUUCGUGUUGUCCAGCGCAGAUACAGACACUCGACUGUAAAUGACUUGGUUGUCUGCCAGAUGCACAGCCCAACCCCUCCUUUUUUACCUGCACUCCGCAACCCAGAAGAUAAACCAACACCCAGCUCUAAAGGCCAAUAUGAACCUGACAAACGAAAGCACUGGACAGAGUUUGUGGUUAUGGACAAUGCCCAUGACGCUAUCUGCAUACUCAACAACUCUGCUGCUUUUAAUCGCAUGAAGAUCGACUACAAGUUUGACAUUCUCCCUUAUGAUGGUGCCUGGCUGUGCAGUGUCUUUGUGCAGGACGAGAUGGUGGCUCAGGCAACAGGCACUAAAAAGACCUCAAAGCACUCAGCAGCUGCAGAGGCAGUGAGGAAACUCCGCAUGAACCAGGCUCAACGACAACAGCAACAACAGCAACACCAGCAACAACAACAGCAGCAGCAGCAGCAGCAGCAGCAACAACAUCAUCAUCAACAACAGCAGCAGCCAUCACAAUACAAUAGGGGAAAUACUAACCCGAUCCAGUCAGAUUCUGGAGGAUGCUUUGGGCAACAGGGUGGCAAAAAGAAGCAUCUGAGUGAGUUGGUCAUCCUGGAAAACUCUGACAAUGCCAUCUGUAUCAUAAAUGACACGGCACAGUUUAAUAAAGUGACUGCUGAUUACAAGUUCACCCUUCUUCCUGAUAAUCGCUGGAGGUGUGAAGUUUAUUUAGAAGGACAGUAUGUGGCAGCAGGAAUUGGGCCCAAGAAAAUUGUCAAACACAUUGCAGCAACUGAGGCUCUGGCCACCUUAAAACAAACACAGGCUGUGGUCAAAUCCAACCUAAGAAAAGAGGGGCACAACGAUGCCAUAUCCCGAUCCCAGAUCCUGGCUCGCUCUGGUGAGGAGGCAACAAGACAGGAGAUAAAAGAAGACAACAUUGGAAAUCAGUUGCUCCGCAAGAUGGGCUGGAAAGGUGGUGGUCUGGGCCGAGAUGGUGAAGGCAUUGCAGAACCCAUCAGAGUGAAGGAGCAGUUUUCUAGAGAAGGGUUGGGCAUGGACACGGACAAAGCAGGAAAUCUACUCAGGAAGCGCGAUAUUGAAGACAUAAUUCGUAACUACGCCUGUUCAGAUCGUCAGGAUGAUCUUCGCUUCUCCACUGACCUUACCAAUGACGAACGCAAACAGAUCCACCAGGUAGCUCAGAAAUAUGGCUUACGAAGCAAGUCAUAUGGACAGGGGCGGCAACGGUUUCUCAUCGUCAGUCGCAAAGUACGCAAAGACCAGCUCAUUGGUCAGCUUCUACAGGAAGGACAGGUGGGACGAUAUGAGCUUGUGAAGCCUCAGGCCUCGCACUAACUUGCAUGCAAAGCAAAGGAGGAAAAAGGGCAGAGUUUGCCAUUGACUUGGACUCCAGUGCAAAUCACUGUGCAACUGCUUUGUUGAUAGAUGCGAGACAGACUUACAGCACAGUAACAAAUGAGAAUCAGGUAUCGCCUGUGGUUUCUGCAUUCCUUUGCCAUCAAGUGUAUUUUAGCUUUAGCAGGAGCUGUAGGAUGAGUCAUUUAAAUUUCCUGCCAUUCCACGUUCUAUAUCCGUUUCACUUUUGCACAAGCUUGUGUUCAGUGCUUUGUGGUAUCGUGUCCUAAUCGAGCUUCAGUAAUGUUAGGACUACGGGGAAAAAAAUUACAAGGGUUUUGUCAUCAAAAUAAAUUUGUUUCAUGGCUGUUCAAGGAACCUGAUGGAAUAUGCAGCUCUACUGCUCACUUGUGAGUGCUGGACAAUUGAUUCAUUCAUUAGACAGACUUUGUCACACAGUAGCCAUUUGCUCAUACCAGUCUCACUUAAGCAACGUCUCUGGUCAGCAAUUCCUGCAAUGUUGUCCACUCGUUCAACUCACGGAGGUCAUUGUAAACGUACACGCUGCGUCCAUUAUAUGAAAACAUUCACAUGGAAACUGUAUGCUGUGAUCUUCGUUACGUGUCUAACGUGCUGGUUUAUGUGAGUACAGUUAACUUGUCUGCUUGUUUUCACAGCUGUAAAAUCGGAAUAAAUUAAACCUGAAUAAUA